CCUUGGUACAGCAUUGCAAACUACGGUCUGCAAAUGAAGACAAAUCUGCUAAAUAUCCUUUGYGUGAUCCUGGUAUCAUUAACAUGUUGGUGCGSYGUCCACGCGUCAAAUGGAAGAGAUGGUCAAAACAAUUGCAAUAGUAAAAGGUGCAAUUUUAGAAACGAAUUGUCAGCUGAUCCAGUCCAACCAGUUGAUGAAUCCUUACUGAAGUGCUGCGCAUGUGGAAAAGCAACGUAUAGAAUGACUUUUAUUGGAAUGUGGGACAGUCAAACACAUCCAAAGCACUUUCCUGGACAGAUGUCAAGCUGGUCUUCUCUGAUUGGUUGUUCACAUAGUAAUAAUUACCAUAUAUGGCGACUUGGGGAAYUGGCUUCGCCGGGAGUUAAGAAAGUCAGUGAGAUGGGAUCAGUUUGGAGUCUGGAGAAAGAGAUGAAACAACAAGGAAAGGUGGUUCAUAGUGUUAUAAAAGCCCCAGGACUAUGGUGGGGAGUUGGACAAUCGCAACCGACAAAGUUUGCUGCUGACCCUCAACAUAACCUAUUUAGUGUGAUGUCCAGAAUAAUACCAAGCCCUGAUUGGUUCGUUGGCAUUGAUAGUCUGAACCUUUGUCACUUAAAUUGUACGUGGAAAGAUGAAGARUCAGUAGAUCUUUUCCCUGUUGAUGCAGGAACGGAUGACGGAAUCAACUUCAUAUCAGUUAACUCUCAAUCCACACCUCAACAACCAAUCACACGGAUUAGCACCAGGCUUCACGAUCAUCCCAAGGCGUCUUUCUAUUUACCUGACAAYGACGUCAUACGACCAUUUGCCAGGAUCAAAAUAGAGAAAAUGGCGGUUAGUGGCUCAUGCGCGAGUGUUGCACGAAAAUCUCCAGCUCCUACGAAACCAGCGAGCAUCAAUUGCCAGGUUUCAAGAUGGUCGUCAUGGACAUCGUGYUCUGUUACGUGCGGUAUAGGUYUAAAAACACGUGGUCGUGUGGUUUUGGUGCAACCAAAGCAUCACGGGAUUGAAUGUCCAAAUCUUUAUGAACAUAAAUCGUGUUACUUAAGGAAAUGUCAAGUGCCUUCUAAGUGUAUAUUAUCAGCGUGGUCCAGGUGGGGUAGAUGUAUUGGAACGUGUGGCGUUGGAAGGAAAAGACGCACUCGCACUAUACUAUACAAGCCCCCAUAUAUAACACGCUGUCCUGUUAAAACCAAGAGACGAAGAUGCAGACUUCCUCCCUGUCAGGGGGACAGGAUAACUGAUAAAAUUAUCGAUUGUCAAAUGUCUUCCUGGUCACAAUGGUCUAAGUGUAAUAGACCUUGUCGAGGCAAGAAGAGAAGAACAAGAUUUAUACUAAGAAAACCAAAGAAUGGCGGGAAACGUUGCCCUCCAACACGAGAAAAAAGAAAAUGUAAUCGUAGAAAGUGUCCYAAGAAUUGAGAUGUUUGCGACCUUUCAGAUCUCCUUUAGCUAGAACAUUGGAUUCCCUACAUAAAAGGUUAUUUAUUGUUUUAUAAAUUGGUAUUAAUUAUUAAAGAAACAAUCUAUA